UUUUGCAGGAUUUGUUGGGCUCGCGCCGCUCGCUCCGUCUAUGGCUGGCUAACGUUAGCUAGCUGACCGGCUAACAAAAUACAUGUUAAAUUUGUGAUUUUUUUUUACUUUAAUGUUUUAGUGUGGUGCAUUAUUUCGUUAGGAUGUGCAGUUUUCUUGUAUAUAAUCGCAUUUAUCCGCAAAGUGAAUGGAUAUCAUGAAUAAUUUAUUGCAAGCAAAGAGCAGCUGGGUCUUGUAAAGCAUCGAUGCAUUGGGGAAACUGAAGACCCAUGGCAAAGUGGUUUAAAAAUCAGCUGAGUUUUGGCAGCAGGAAAGGACCGCCACAGCCCCCCAAACCGGACUACACCGAGAGCGAGAUCCUACGGGCCUACAGGCUUCAGAAAGAGCUGGACUUUGAGGACCCCUACGAACCCUCUGAGAACCGGGUGAAUAGCAGGUCGGGGUCCUUGGAGGUGUUCCCCUCUUUUGGCACGGUGUUGUCCAAUGGCGUGGAGGUGAAGAUCGUGUCUCCCAAGCAUAGACUGAUAAAAGUGGAAUCUCAAGAAUUCGGGCGUAGCAAGAUCCCCUUAAACAUUGUGACCUUUGAGGAACCGCAGGCCCCUGUGGUUCCUUCAGCUCCAGUGGUUGGGGACUCUGAUUACUCGGACCCUUUUGAUGCCCGGCCGGACCCACGGCCCAGACCCGACUGGGAUCAAGACGCUGUAGAAAACUCCAGUAGUUACAUGGAGCCAUUUGAAGCACAACGAUUCAUAAAUGAUCUCCAGCACAGCACAGAUUGGGGCAGGACCAGCCCACAGCUCUAUGACAGCCCGUACGAGGAGAGAGCUCGGCCCCAGGAAUCCUCACCAGAAGAUGAGAGGGAGAGCCGUCUGCCCCAGGACGACGAAAGACCUGCAGAUGAGUACGACCAGCCCUGGGAGUGGAAAAAGGAGAACAUUUCGAAAGCCUUCGCUGUGUCGUUUGAUGCGAAAGACUGGGAUCAAUCAACACUGCCCCGUGAUGAUCUGCAAUGGAAUGUAGGGGCAUACAGAACCGGACCCCCGUCAAGCGGGCCCACCAGCCUGCGCACGCCCAACUCUCCUCACGGCAUCCUGGGGGAGAGGGUGGACCCCACGCUGCCCCUGGAGAAACAGGUGUGGUACCAUGGUGCAUUAACGCGCUCAGAAGCCGAGUCUCUGCUCACGCUGUGUAAAGAAUGCAGUUAUCUUGUGAGAAAGAGCCAGACCAGCCGGAACGACUACUCGCUCUCUCUCAGGAGCUGUCACGGGUUUAUGCACAUGAAGUUCUCGCAGUCUCGUGAUGGGAAGUUCAUCCUAGGAGAGAACAGCCCUCCUUUUGACUCCGUCUCUGAAGUCAUCCAUUACUACACCACAAACAAGCUGCCCAUCCGUGGAGCAGAGCACCUAUCCCUGCUGUUUCCUGUGCUGGUGCAGACGCUCUGAAGACACACGUGCUUAUAACACACAUCAUACAUCUAUACUUGCUCAGGGCUUAACACAGACGCUUAGUUUUCAAUGAGUAGUUUGAAUUUUGGGAGUUCGAUCCAAGACGUAUUGAUGUGGUACUCUGUUGACUGAUGGAGGUUUAUUCUUAUUACUGCACAUGAAAUGUUUUUCAUAAUCACAUCAGAUUUACUGUAGAAAUUCCAUUGCAUAAACAUGCUCGAACAUAUCAAAGUCACACUUUGGAUUGACAUGAGGACGAGUAAAAGAUGACAUAUUGAGUGAAAUAUUUGAGAUUUUUUAAUAAAAUGUAGACCAACCAAAGUAUUUAUAAGGAUUUUACACUUUUAACAUUUAAAAGCAGUGAUCUCAGUGGCUUGGUAUGUUGUUUGUUUUAGUUUAACUCAUUCUUUAGGAAUCCAGCCCUUGAUCAAACACUACAAAUGAUGAAUCAGACAUACAGUAUUUAACAGUAAGGAAGUCUAACACAGAACUGGAAUGUCCUGUGACUUUCACUUAACCGGAUAGCCAUCUGUUAGUAAAGCUUGGUUUGGAUCUGGAAGCGAUGACCCUCUUUUGUUCACUUCACUGCUUCCGACUUCUAGAAUGACAGGAAGUUGUCAUUUCUGUGACUCUUUGUUUUAGGCAGCUGUCGCAAUGCUACCCAUCAUUUUACACUACUAGCAACCAUUUUCUGAUGACUUCUUACUUGGAUAAAUCUACACAAACCAUCACUUGCACAAUUACCCCAAGAACUGAAAUCCACUUUUUGUCCCUUAAUAGAUGUAUUUUUAGUAAAAGCCAAGUAAAUACUAAUGUUUUCUUCUUGCAGUAUUUUGAGUGUUACGAUGAACAGCUUUAAUAUUGACCAGCGGAAAGCCGAUAGGAUAUUGUGAUUGGUUUAUUUAUAUGACCUCAGGCAGAGCAGAGGCUGAUGGGUAAUAUGAAUACACAUACUGUAUAAACACACACUGCUGUAGUUCUGCACACAGGGUAUUUAGUGCUAGAGAUCCACACGGUAGCUAUUGUUUGUUAUGAUGACUUUAAUUGUAGUGAUUUCUAUUUACUUUUUUGUUUCUUUAGAAUAAAAUGAGUUGUUUUCUAAAAAUAAAGCCUGGAUUGUAUUAAUUUUGCAU